UGCCUCAUUCCAUCAGGCUUCCUGUGUUUCGGCCUUUUUACUGUGUCUUAACUAAGGAAUACACUUGGAUCUCUCGGGUCCCAUUUUCCAUCGUAUUGUGGGGCUUUACUAAACAGCUACAAUGGUGAAACCCCAGUUCAAGGGACGGAGCACUAUAAACCCGUCCACGUCGAGCAGUAACCCAGACCGCGUCAAAGGCGCAGGAGGAAACAACAUGAGAGACCGUGCAACAAUCAAACGACUUAAUAUGUACCGCCAAAAAGAACGGCGGAACAACCGUGGCAAAGUGAUUAAGACAUUACAGCACCAAUCAUCUGUUACACCCGGCACAGUGGCCAGAGUGGAACCCAAUAUCAAAUGGUUUGGAAAUACCCGUGUAAUCAAGCAGUCCUCUUUGCAAAAGUUCCAAGACGAAAUGGAUGUUGUAAUGAAGGAUCCCUAUAAAGUGGUUAUGAAGCAAAGCCGUUUACCAAUGUCUCUUCUGCAUGAUCGUGCCAAAGCUCAUAAUUCUAAAGUCCACAUUCUUGACACAGAAACAUUUGAGACAACAUUUGGCCCAAAGUCUCAAAGGAAGAGGCCGAACAUUGCUGCUGGCGAUAUGCAUGAACUAAUAGAAAAAGCAGAGUCCUUGGCCAAUAGCUAUGAUCUGGAGAAGGACCGGGACUUGGUAACAGAAGACACUGGAGUGAGAGAUGAAGUCCGUGAAGAAAUCUAUAAGAAAGGACAGUCCAAAAGAAUCUGGGGAGAACUUUAUAAGGUGAUCGACUCUUCUGACGUCAUAGUACAAGUGCUGGAUUCCAGAGAUCCGAUGGGAACACGUUCCCCUCACAUUGAAGCUUACCUCAAAAAAGAAAAGCCCUGGAAGCAUCUCAUCUUUGUCUUGAACAAGUGUGAUCUGGUUCCUACAUGGGCCACGAAACGCUGGGUUGCACGAUUGUCCCAGGAUUAUCCAACAUUAGCUUUUCAUGCCAGUCUUACAAAUUCAUUUGGAAAAGGAGCAUUUAUCCAGCUAUUGAGACAGUUUGGGAAGUUGCACACAGACAAAAAACAGAUCAGUGUGGGAUUUAUAGGUUAUCCAAAUGUGGGCAAGAGUUCGGUGAUAAACACAUUACGUUCCAAGAAGGUGUGCAACGUAGCUCCAAUUGCAGGUGAAACAAAGGUUUGGCAAUAUAUUACUCUUAUGCGUAGAAUAUUUCUUAUCGACUGCCCUGGUGUGGUUUACCCAUCAGGUGACUCUGAAACAGAGGUUGUUUUGAAAGGCGUGGUGCAAGUUGAAAAGAUUAAAAGCCCUGAGGAUCACAUAAGUGCUGUUCUUGAGCGAGCCAAACCAGAGUACAUCCGCAAGACCUACCGGAUAGAAGCUUGGGAAAACGCAGAAGAUUUCCUUGAAAAACUUGCUUUCAGAACAGGGAAAUUGCUGAAGGGAGGAGAGCCAGAUUGCCAGACUGUAUCAAAGAUGGUUCUCAAUGAUUGGCAGAGGGGAAGGAUACCAUAUUUCGUGAAACCACCUAAUGCAGAUCCAGAGACCAUUCAGUCAUCACAAUAUUCUACCAAAACCUCUGAGGAGCAAAAAGAUUUAGAAGAUACUGUCACAGAUGUGCAGGAAAAUGAAAGUUCGGAAAAGAACGAGAUGAAAGAAAUCAUGGCAAAUGUUCGGCAGAACUUUGGUAAAAUCAGUGUAGCCCCAGAGUUCUCAGGGGAAGAUUUACUUCCUAUAGAGAUGGAUGGACUGUCUGAUCUCUCUGACUUAAAUUCAGAAGAUGAGAACUCUGUUGAAGAGGAAGAAGAGGGUGAAUCACAGGAAUUGGAUAAGGACGGCAGCAAAAACCUCAAUAGUGAUCAACCUACUAACAAAAAACAAACCUCUAAAGUACUGCUUAAAGAGUUGGAUGAUCGGAUUGAAAAGUACAAGAAGUUCCUGGACAAAGCAAAGGCCAAGAGAUUUUCAGCUUUAAGGAUUCCUAAGGAUCUAGAAUUAAAACUAAUCACAAAACCGACAAAAAUAGCUGAAGAAAAGGAGCAUGAUGAAGAGACCACAAAGAAAGGGAAGAAAAGAAAACAGUUUGAGGAUGAAGAUGAUGAAAAACCAAAGAAGAAAUUAAAAUCCAAAGAGAGGCGAAGAAUAGAGAGGCAGCAGCGUUCAAAGAAAGUUGGUGUGCGGUACUACGACACUCACAACGUGAAAAACAAAAACCGCAACAAAAAGAAAGACACAGAAGAUCAAAAUGUCAGACAGAAAAAAUCAAAGCAGAAGCAAUAAUAUUUUUACUGUCCAAUAAAAUAGCUGAACUCA